CACUCAUUGCUGACCUUACGUAACUCUCAUCGUUUUCCGAGUGUGCCGAUCGACCUGCCGUGUGCACUUCUCCGGAGUCUUAAAUCUAGCUGUAACCAAAUCGCGGGGUCUGGGCACUGCACAUCAGUGCUUAAACAUCGUGCCAAGCAUUCCAAGAAUUCUCAGCAGAAGAAGUUGCACCAUCAUCUUAUCAGUGCUCGUCAAGAAACCCGCGGCGGCCGUCUCAAUCCCAUUUCCCCGCGUCAGGACAUUCAGUCAUAGGCCACCAAUGGCUCAGGAGUGUGAUGGCGUUGCCGGCGAGAAGCCUCUCAACUUCGGCGUGGUGCUCUUCCCGGCAUUCCAGGCGCUCGAUGUCUUCGGGCCUCUGGAUGCUCUCAACUUGCUGUCCCGGUCUUACCACAUGAACCUCUACACCAUCGCAGAUACUCUAGACCCCGUGUCAACCAAGCAGGACACCCCGCACCAGCCCUCCACCACUGACUCCGACUUCGGCCAGCGGAUCGUGCCGACUCAUACCUUCAAGACGGCCCCGCCCCUCGACGUCCUCAUCGUUCCAGGCGGACAGGGCACGCGAUACCCGGGCAUCAGCACAGCCAUCGACUUCGUCAGGGAAAGGUUCGAUUCCCUGCAGUACCUUCUCACCGUCUGCACCGGGUCAGGCGUGGCGGCGCGGGCUGGGGUCCUGGACGGGAGGCGAGCGACCACGAAUAAGCUGUCGUGGAAGGAAACGAUCGCGCUGCGGCCUGAGGUGGACUGGGUACACAAGGCGCGGUGGGUUCAGGAUGGGCAUGUUUGGACAUCCUCGGGCAUCAGUGCCGGCAUUGACCUGACGUUCGCCUGGAUCGGAGCCGUGUACGGGAAAGGUGUCGCCAAGAACAUUGCCGACAGGAUGGAGUACACCCCAGUCGAAGAUCCGAGCUGUGACCCCUUUGCCGGCCUUUGGGGUUCGAAGGAGUAGUUUUGCGGGUCGAAGUGAGGGCAUAGCUUAAUUACUAAAAACCUCCACGUGAUCAACAUUAUAAGGCCAUAAGUCAAAGCACCCGCUUUCCGAUCACCCCCACUUUGCAAUCACCUAUUUACACCAAAACUGCUCUUUUUCACUAUAGCUUUAACUAUAUAACCCUAGUCUUAAUAAUUCUA